CUGGGCAGGAAAAUGGUCAGGAAGUCCCUGGUGGCUGGCCUGGUGUUUUUGCUGGUGGCUGCAGUAGGAGUGUUCGUGGGGGUGUUCAUGGGGGUGGGAAACAAGAACCCCAUCUCACCCUCAGACCAUUUCUACUCAAAAGCUGCCGUGGCUACAGAUGCUGGGAUAUGCUCUGAGGUGGGGAGGGACAUCCUGAAGAGGAACGGCUCAGCGGUGGAUGCAUCUAUCGCCGCCCUGCUGUGUGUUGGCCUCCUGAACGCUCACAGCAUGGGCAUUGGAGGGGGUCUCUUCUUCAACAUCUACAACGCUUCCACAGGGAAGGUAGAAACCAUUGACGCGAGGGAGACAGCACCCAUGAACGCGACGGAAGACAUGUUUGGCGAUAACACCCAGCUUUCUCAGAAAGGUGGAUUGUCUAUAGCCAUUCCAGGGGAGAUCCGUGGUUACGAGAUGGCACACAGGAGACACGGCAGGCUGCCAUGGAAGGAGCUGUUUGAGCCAAGCAUUGAGUUGGCACGCGUAGGUUUCCGUAUAGGCAAAGCCCUGGCCAAGGCCAUCGCCAGCAACAAGGAUGCUAUUCAAGGAGAUGCCAAUAUGUGUGAAGUGUUCUGUGACUCCCAGAAAAAGAUCCUGAAGGAAAAUGAUAUCAUUAAAUUUCCCAAACUAGCAGACACCUACAGGAGGAUAGCGGAGGAAGGACCUGAUGUUUUUUACAAUGGGACAAUGGCACAGACAAUUGUUGAUGACAUCCAAGCAGCAGGUGGGAUUAUCACCCUGGAGGACCUGUUGGACUACAGGCCUGUGUUGAAUGAGUACCCACUGAAGCUGACUGUGGGCGAGUACACCAUGCACGUCCCAGAUGCCCCCUCCAGCGGCCCAGUCCUGGCACUCAUACUCAACAUAGUGGACGGGUAUAACUUCACUUGCACAAGUGUUUCAACGGCCGAGAAAAAGACUCUGACGUAUCACCGCAUCGUGGAGGCUUUCCGGUUUGCUUAUGCCAAGAGGAGCAAACUAGGGGAUCCACGAUAUCUCAAUAUCACUGAUCUCAUCCACAACAUGACCUCAGACUACUUUGCUGACGGGAUCAGGAGCAAGAUCACAGAUGACACCACUCAUCCCGACAGCUACUACGAGCCAGAUUAUUUUGUCCCAGACAAUCAUGGGACAGCACAUCUGUCCGUCAUAGCUGAGGAUGGAAGUGCUGUGGCUGCCACCAGCACAAUCAAUCUAUAUUUUGGCUCCAAAGUCAUGUCCCAAUCAACUGGCAUCAUUUUCAAUGAUGAGAUGGAUGACUUCAGCUCUCCGUACAUCAACAACGGCUUUGGAAUCCCUCCAUCUCCGAACAACUUCAUCCAGCCUGGUAAAAGGCCUCUCUCUUCUAUGUGCCCAACUAUUAUCUCCGACAAAGACAAUAGAGUGAAAAUGGUGGUGGGAGCCUCUGGUGGAACAAAGAUCACCACAGCAACUGCCCUAGUGAUUCUGAAUACCUUGUUCUUUGACUACGACCUCAAAAAAGCUGUGACACUACCUCGAAUUCACAAUCAACUCAACCCAAGUAUGACUGUAGUGGAGGACGGCUUUGAAAAGAGUGUAUUAGAUGGCCUGGUAAAGAAGAACCAUGUAACAGAGCUGCUGAAGAUUCCUGAUUCAGUGGUUCAGGCGGUGGUGAGACAGGGGGAGCGGCUCUGUGCCGAGUCCGACCCCAGGAAAGGGGGCUAUCCAGCGGGCUACUGAGUCUUACCUCACCCCUUCCUUCCCAAACCUGGAGUGUACCUCCAUAAAGAGGCAGGGAUAGAGCUAAGUAUCUGGAAAGACACGCAAACAAUGCCUCCUCAAGGUUACACAGCCACUCUCUUCAGCUGAGAUUCAUUUCAAGACAUGGAAAAUGACUUUACUCCACAUCAAUACCUCCUCCCUUCACACCAAAUAAUCGGCGGCAUUUCUGCUUUCAUUUCAGCAUUAUUCAUUAUUUAUUUUUGUGUUUUGAGAAAGAAGUGAGGUUGCAACUCUGAAAGUGGCAUUUUUUUAAUCCUAGCUGUAUCAAGAGAUCAUCAUUAUCGAUUAUCCUGAAGAUGGAAGUUUAUUAAUGCAAUGCAGUGGGGUAGCAGAAAGCUGGACUGCAACUUUCGAUUCCUGCUGGAUGUAAAUACCAAUGGGCUAGAACUUUAUGGACGCCAUGAAUCUUCUGUUAUACAUUAUGAAAUAGUUUGCCUAGGAAAUUUUAGCCAACAUAUUAGUCAAAUUACUCUGUGAUGAUGAGCGAUCAUUCUGUUUGACAGAAAAAGAGCCAUUUAUCUGAGAUUUAAGGAAAGCAAUGUUUUAGGGGAGAAUAUGAACACCAAUAUGGAAGGUUGUCAAAGUAGUUUGUCUGUCCAUUGAACAAAUCAAAUGUAGAGAAAUGACUGUUUUAUCUCUCCAUCAAGGAAAAAUGGUCUGUAUGUUUUAACCUCAGGCCUUAACCUCAGGUCUUAACUGGUCAGGUUGCUAUAUCUGUUGGUGUUUUAUGGGUUGGCUAAAUCACCAACAGAUCUGGCAACCAGGCUACAGGUCUACCAUCUGCCUUAUGAAGAUGUUGGUCACAGGUAGCUACAUUUUUUCUUUCAUGAGGAAGCAUAUUCUGAUCUGUUAACUGAAAACUGUGAUUUCUGUUUUUCUGAUUUCAUCUCAACUCUGACCGUUGCCCAUGGGGGCCUAUUGUUAACAAGGGCUCAAAUAUGGCUGCCAUUUAACUAUUCAAAUGGUAUUUUUAUAUUUUUUUGUGAUGCAGAAUGUUGAGAAAAACACAUCAAUUGUUAAUGUUUAAUAUGGAGUAAGACCAUAGCAGUACAGUGAAUGUAUAGUGUAUUUUACAUUUGCGUAUAUAUAUUUUUAAACAUGCAUUGUUCUCAUGCCAUGCUUGUUAUUAAAAUGUUUAAAAUAAGAUAUAUUUUACAUUAGUCACCCUGUUCCCAAUAUUCUUAGAGGCUUAUUUCUCUGCAUCGAUACCUGUAACCAAAGAACAGUUUACAUACAGUAAAUAUAUACAAUUUCAUUUAAAAGUUAAUAUUUGAAACAUGUAUUAUAUUGCAUAAUACAUGUUUCAAAUAUUAACUUUUAAAUUCAAUUGUAUGUAUUUACUGUAUGUAAACUGUAAACGCAUGGGAUACCCACACAGGAUUAAUAACAGCUACAUGAUGUCUAAACAACUGACUGAAGUACAAUUUUACACCUACAACCUAAAAAUUGGGCUCGACUUCCUUCAAUAGUCUGAAGAACAUAAUACACAGCAGCUUCCUUCUGACAAAUAUUAGCAAGAUGUGGAAUUUGGCUCCAGCUUCAGCUUUUACAAAAGCCUCCAAAUGGAUUAUUCACUGAAGCAAUUGCUUCCAUGGACCAGUGAUGCAUAGGAGGCUACAUAGCCGACUCAGGCUAAAUACUUCCUCUCUAUCAAAGUGUGCUCUUCUCCUUUAUUAAGACACUUUAUGUUGAUGUUUCCUUUAUUUUGGCAGUUACCUGUAGCUGCUGAGUAAGUGCACAGAGAAGUGACUGCCAACUAAAGUCCAUCUAUGGUAGUAUCCUGUUGUCUAGGCUACAACCCGGUUGGCCCUAUUGAAUGUGGCCUGAGACACUAUCUGCAUACUCUCUACUCUCUGCUUCCCUGUAUGAGCAAGAAGAUCCAUAUUCAUUCAGACAGCACUCAGCCUGUGGGCAGAUGGGAAAUGAUGGCUAAUGAAGCUGUAUAUUACAUACAAAAAUAGCAAAGCAAGGGUAUUUCAAUCCUUUGAUACAGCUCAUCUAACUGUGCUAAUAGAACAUAUCCCAUUCCCCCGACUAAUGUGAUACUCUUGACAGAACAGGCCUGAACAGAGUAUAGUGUCAGUGUUGAUGCACAGUGCUCACAUACAGGGCAGGCCACUGGUUCAGAGGACAUUCAGCGUCACUAGGCACAUGCCCCAUCUUGUGUUGUCUGAUGAAAAGACAUCCCACGGCUGCAGCUCACCCUCUCCAUCUCGCUCUAGAUAUAUAAACACACGCACACAAGAGCAGAGUGAAUGAUGCAGUGUGAGUCUGUGUGUAUUUACACAGACAGUCUCUGUCCCGUCUCCUGUCCCAUGGAGGCCCAUUAUCUACUGUAUUUGUUUAUAGAGCGAAGUGACAUGUAGCGUAUUUCAGACCCCACACACGGUCUUGGAGUACUUCUUGUGCAAACAUACCAAUAAACAUCUGGAACAAACCUACAUGGUAAAGUUAAGACUGAUAGGGCAAUGGAACAUACUUUCUUUUUGUCUAAUGUAAGCCGUUGACGUCAAACAGAAAGGCUCAAGUAAUGAUGACAAUGCUUUUUUCAUGUAAGAGGGACAUGCAGAACAUUCUCAAAAACCAGCCCACUCAAAUGUUAAAUAUUACAUUGUCUUUCAACUAAAUUGGUUCUGCUUUGUACCUCAAAUGCUUAGAGACCCAGAAUGUAAUAUUUGAAGGCUCAGGGCUAUAUCACCGUGUCAAUGCUUUGUUUCAGUAAUAAAACUUCAGUGUUUUCA